AGUGGUGACAAGAGAAGUGAUAGAGAUGGUGAUGACAGGGGUCAUGACGAGGGUGAGUGUGGUGGUGAUGUUGAUGGGGACAGUGGUGAUGAAGACGGUAAUGGUGGUUUUAGUGGUAAUUGCAGUUAUAAUGCUUUUAGUGGAGGCAAUAAGAAGGGUAAUGUGAGGAUGUUGGAUUAUGUGGGUGGAGAUAUUGAGAAGAGGGAUGAUGAUAAUGAUGGUGAUAAUUAUGGUGAAUGUAGUGGUGAUAGAGUUGAUUGUGAUAUUGGUGGCAAGUGUGGGAAUGUUAGAAAUGAAGGCAAUGAUGAUGGUGGUGAUAAAGGUGGUGAUGUUGAAAAUAUUGGAAAUGAUGGUGAUGGUGAUCAUGAUGUUGAUAGGGAUGUUGGAAAUGAUGAUGGUAGUUACAUUGAUGGUGACAGUGGUAACUCCAGUGGCCAGGUUUCAUCAAUUAGUAUCGAUGACAAAGUGACAUUAAGCAACUUCAAAGAUUGGUUGGGGGGUCCAGAUGGUGGCCGUAAAGAUGAAAAAUGUGCAAGACAGUGUAUGCGACAGGUGGAAAUGGUUAUGAAGUUCAUCACCCCAAAUGCUCCGUCAAUAUCAAGCCUAUUGUCCAAGUCAUUGCUUAGAGAUAAAUGGCUAAGAAUCAUUGAAGAAGAGAAGAAACCUGGUACUGUGAAAUCAUAUCUUGGGUCCCUUAACCAAUUCUUUAUUUACAUGCGUACAGAAUGUUCAGCCAGAUUUGAUGAGAUGAAUGUAAAUGAGGGAAAACUUGUUAGUCUAUCUGAACAGGUCAAGUUAUGGGCCAGGUCUUCUCGGAAGAUGGCCCAAAAUCGUUUUUGGGAAAAACGUGUAGAGGAUUUUGAAACCUUAAAGACGCCAGAAGAGGUAAAGCAGUUUGACAUUUCAGAGGUUGCACGGAAGGCAGUUAAAGUACUUGGGGAAUUCCAGACAGAUCCCGAUGUCUCUGUGGUAUCACAGGCAGAAUACACCAUUGUGCGAGACUACCUCAUGACUCUGAUUUGUAUUAACAAUGGCAGCAGAUCGGGUCCAAUUGCCAACAUGACCAUGGAGGAAUUUCAAAAUGCCACACAGCAAGAUGACUGCUAUGUUGUUAGGGUGAAGAAGCACAAGACGUUUACCACCCAUGGGCCAGCACACCUCGUCUUGUCGUCGUCGAUUCAUAAUUAUAUGAAAGUGUUCAUUGAAAAAUUACGGAGAUGUAUACCAGAUGUCAAUGCAUGCCAACCCAUAGUUUUUUUGAGUUACAGAGGCACCCCACUAGAUUCAUCCCAAGUUGGUGCCCAAAUUGGCUCAUGUUGGGGCAAGGUGUUUGGGAAAAAAGCAUCUAUGGGUGGUGCAACUUCAUUCAGAAAGGCUGCGGUUUCUGCCGUUCAUGAGUGCAAUGAAGAAAUGCGAGGUGACUUAGCAGAUCUCAUGGUACAUAACAAGACAACGGCGGACAAAUAUUACCUGCUAAAGAAUAAGGGAAAGUCUGCAGUAAAAACAUCCAAAGAACUGUCACGCAUUAUGCGUGAUGGCUCUGAGAAGACAGAAUCCAGUGAUGGUGUGGAGAAAGAAGAGAAUAAAGAUCAGGAACCACCCGAGAAAGACGCUGCCACAUCAAGCGUGGUCAGUUGUCCCAGGCACAAGUGGUCAAGUGAGGAAACAGACUUAUUAAAACAACUUUUUGCUACCCAAAUCCAGAUGAAAAAGGUAUCGAUGGAAGACAUUCGGGAGCUUUGCAAGGGUCAGCAAUUCCUUGAGAAAAUUCCUCCUUCCAAGAUAAGAGAUAAAGUCCGAACCUUAUUUAAGUUGGGCGAAUCGUCCCUCCCGCCACAAGAGAAGGAGUCUACAGAGGAGAAACUCAAACGUUUUGGCAUGCCAAUUGCUAGUGCUUGCAAAGAGAAAGGCAGCAAAGAUACGAAAGAGAGACCCUCCGAGGACAAUGAGGAGGAGGAAAGCAGAGAAGAUGGUGAAGAGGAGAGCAGCCAGUACUCACGUCCAUCAUCAUCAUCCGAUGUAGUUCCUCCAUCGUCACGUUCCAGAGGUGGACAAGAUCGCUUGUUCAGUGAUAUGGAAAUGGUGGAGUUUAGAAAGUUAUUCUCUGCAGUCAUUCAUUCGGACAAGCCAAUCACCACCAAAGUUGCUGUGUCGAUGUUGAAGAAGAAUAAAGUUUGA